AUGGUGAUUAUUACGGGUUUAUAUGGACUAUUGCAAUGUACUAUGGAAUAUUACAGUGAGUAUAGUAUAUUUAUAAUGCACUAUAUCAUAUCACAGUGUAUCACAGCGUAUCAUAGUAGAUUUUCACAUAUUAUAGUAUAUCACAGUGCAUUACAGUGUAUUAUAGUAGAUUUCUAUAUAUCACAGUGUAUCACAGUGCAUUACAGUGUAUUCCCACAUAUCACAGUAUAUUACAGUAUAUCACAGUGCAUUCCACUAUACUAUGCACCUGUGCACUAUUGUAUACAACUAUGUAUAGUACUAAUAUAUUAUAUAGUGCAUGAUUAUGGUUCGCCUGAAUAA